ACUGACAGUAACUACACGUGAGGCCGUGGACUGCAGCAUAUCAUGCCAGCGAAUUCUCCAGUAUCAGAGUGAUGUCCUCCAGACGGUUGUGUUGGUGAACCCAUCAGAGGAAACUGCUGUUUCAGAGACUCGCUCACUGAUCACCGACUCUGCUGCAAAUAAGUUGCUGAUCCUGAGCGGCCAGAGCUCUGAGCAAGGCGGUGACAUCCAACUGCAAAGUGGAGCCUUCACCUGGCAACAUUUCUCCGACAUCAUCUCCAACCCUGAAGUGACUGAAGUCCUGUCCAGGGCCUCUUCUGAGCAACCGUUGAAGCUUACCGUUUCCUGUCAGGGAGAAGGGGGCUGGAGCUCCCUGGGCCAAAGCCAGGAGCAGCAGUCACUCCUAAAUCUUCUGGAAUACCGCCUGAACCCCGAACCCCACCUCCCCAACAUGGACGGAGUCACAGAGUUUACAGAGUAUGUUGCAGAGACAGUGGAUGUGCCGUCACCCUUUGACCUUCUGGAGCCCCCAACCUCCGGUGGGUUUCUGAAGCUGUCCAAACCCUGCUGCUACAUCUUCCCUGGAGGCAGGGGAGACUCUGCUCUGUUUGCCGUCAAUGGAUUCAACAUCCUGGUGGAUGGUGGGUCUGAGCGGAAGUCCUGCUUCUGGAAGCUGGUUCGGCACCUGGACAGGAUCGACUCUGUCCUGCUUACCCAUAUUGGCGCAGAUAACCUCCCUGGCAUCAAUGGGCUGUUCCAGCGAAAGAUUGCUGAGCAGGAGGAAGAGAGGAACCAAGACUCUGGCUCCAGCAGCAGCGGUGACUGGAUGAAGAACCUUAUUUCCCCCGAGCUCGGGAUUGUGUUUUUCAAUGUCCCGGAGAAGCUGCGGAUGCCCGAGUCCACCCUUAAGGUAAAGCGAAGCAUUGAGGAAGCAUCUCUGACACUGCAGUACCUCAACAAGCUUGGCAUCACACCAGAGCCUCUUCAUAGGGUAGUAAGCAACACGACUGAACCUAUCACACUGUUCCACAAGCUUGGUGUGGGAAAGUUAGACAUGUAUGUUCUAAACCCUGUAAAAGAAAGCAAAGAGAUGCAGUUUCUAAUGCAGAAAUGGGCCGGAAACAGCAAGGCCAAGACAGGGAUCAUGAUGCCGAACGGAAAAGAAGGAGAAAUAUCGGUCCCCUAUUUAACGUCAGUCACAGCUCUCAUCGUGUGGAUUCCUCAUCGUCCGACAGAAAAGAUAGUCCGUGUGCUUUUCCCAGGAAAUGCACCACAGAAUAAAAUAUUUGAAGGCCUAGAGAAACUAAAGCACCUGGACUUUCUGCGAUACCCAGUGGCUACACAAAAAGACAUAUCAUCCGGCGCACCACCUCCCAUCAUAAAACAAACCAAAAUAAGAUCAAGAACUGAUAGCAAAGAGAGUCUGAAAUCUUCGCCCAAACCACAUUUGAAAACAACUAAGAAAGAAGCCAGUGGACCGGAGGAAGAGUCAAAGAGCGAUACCGGCAAAGAAAAUAAGGCUGAAAAGAAGGAAGAGAAGAAACCCAAAAGUGAAAGUCUAAAAGCCACCAAGCAACAGAAAAACAGUGAAGUAGCCCCUGGAGUUAAGAAGAUGGAAAAAAAGAAAAUAUCAAAGGAGAAAGCUGCCAAGCAAGAGAAAGCAUCAAAGAUGGAUGAGAAAAAAGACAAAGAGAAAAAAGAAAUGAAGAAAGAGAAACGCGAGGUAAAGAAAGACGAGAACAUACGAAAGGAGGAGAAGAAAGAAAGCAAAGCCAAGGAGGACAAAAAGAAAGAUCCAAGUAAACCUGAACUGAGAAAAAUCACAAAACCAGACCUGAAACCUUUAACCCCUGAGGUGAGGAAAACUUUGCACAAGGCCAAGACUCAGACUAAACCUAAAAGCGACAAAAAUAAAGCAGUGAAGGAGGAAGCGAAUGAGAAAAAACCAGUUUCAAAGAAUGUGCCUGAAGAGGUUGAGGCAGCAGCUCUGGCUGACAGGUCCAUUGUGUCCUCACCCGAAGACCUCACUGAGGACUUUGAGGCAUUGAAACAAGAGGAGCUGUCCAAACACAAGACAGAACUAAUCCAGAACGAUGUCAUGCCUGAGCUAACAGUGCUCUCUGACGCUAAAGUUUCUUCCUUAGUUUUCCCUGAGGAAAAGGUCACAGCCUCAACCACUGAGACAAAGUCUGCUUCGCCCAAAUCUCCAGUCAAACAGGAAGAACAGGUGGUGGCGGCUACUCAAAAGAAGAACGACGGCAAUGAUGGUCCCAAUAAAAAGUACGAAGAGGAGAAAAUGGAAAAAUAUGAUAAAUACUCCAUAAAAGAUGAUGUAAAAGAUAGAUCGAAGAAGAGCGAGAGCUCAGAGGAAGAGGGCGAUGUAAUCGAGAAAGCUGAACUUGAAGGGACAGAAGACGAUGAGGUCCUGAAGUAUAAAACCGAGGAGGUGAAAAAGGAAAAAGCAAAGGAGUGGGACACCAAGCCAUCGGAGCAAAAACCUUUACCAACUGCACAGGCAAUAACAGCCUCUGCCUCAGAGCAGUUCUCUUUUAUCCAAGAUGAAACCAUACCCGGAUACUCUGAGACUGAACAGACCAUCUCUGAUGAGGAGAUCCACGAGGAUACCGAGGACAGGAUUCCACAGCUGCGCUAUGAUGUGGGCUCUUAUGACAUCUCUGUUCCUGACGUUCCCGGCACCUUUGAUUCGAUGCAUGGUAUAAAGGAGCUGAAGAGCUCCGCUAUAUCUGACGUUGCCGAUGUCAAACACAAAGCCUUUAUGGGAGGUCCCGAACCAGAGCUUGCGCCUUACCCCACCAUCAUUGCUGCUCCUCUUGCUGAAGAGGAGCACAUCUCCUCAGCCACAUCCAUCACAGAAUAUGACAAACUGUCAUCCUUUGCCACAUCUGUAGCUGAAGACCAGUCCGUUGCCUCCGUGACAGCGCCCCAGACUGAGGAGGCUGGGCGGAACUCUCUCAUGCUGGAUACCAUCAACAGCAUCCCCUCACGUGCAGAGGCUGCCCAAGGGAAGGACUAUCUCCACUCAGCAGGAACCAUCUCACCCACCUCCUCUCUAGAGGAUGACAAGUGUUUUAAGUCUCCUUCCUCUGAUGAGUACCAGCCCCACAUCCCUGAGAUUGAGGGUGAGGGGAAUGUCCCAUCAGUCCAGGAUGAAGAAGAUGAUGAUGAGGACGAGGAUGAAGACCAGACCCCAAACGUUGACAUCCCUCUUGGUAAACUUCAAGAGGGCUACGAACAUGCAGCCUCUAUGAUGCUCCAGGAGAAGGAGAAAUCGCCCUCGUCCACUUUUUCUCCUUCUCCAUUCUCCACUACACAGUACUCACCCUCACAGUCUAUCAAAGAAAACCUCUUCACUGCAGAGGGAUUUAAGACUGGUGUUGAAAUAAAGCCUGUAUCACCCCCUCCUUCAUCAUUCUCCCCAGGGCUAGAGUCCCACUCCAGGCAGGAGAGUGAGGAAAGAUGCCUCAGUCCGGACGAUAGCACCAUGAAACUUGCAUCGCCCACACAGUCUGUGCCUACCAGCAGCGGCUACUCUCCGACAGAGGAGAAGCCCUUUAGGACAGAAGACAGAGACGAGGCAGUGACCAGCACGAAAGCUGACAUCCAGAAAACAGAGAAAUCAGUCACCAUCUCAGACAAUACCUCCUUCAUUGGUGUGUCAGGUGACAAGACCAUGUUUGAAGCAUCUGAAGAAUCUGAUGACGAUGAUGAUGACGAUUAUUAUGCCAAAAAGGAUCUACAGCCUACAGUUAAGGCAAAGCUUAUGGAGGCCAAAGAGGGUUGCUUCUUGGAUGAUGACUUUAGCUUUGAAGCAAAAUCUGCAGGAACUCAAAAGGAAGUUGUGAGCUCAGGCAAAACGAAUGUGGCCUUUAGCACAGAGGAGAAACCCAAACCUCACGUGACGUAUUCGGACAAAGAUGAAAAAGAUGAUGACUUUCCAGUUAGGGUAGGGUCUCAGCCCGUUUUGAGUGAUCGUGCCGAAGCUGACAUUACAAAAGACAGCGCAGAAAAAACAGACAUCAUUAUUAAAGAGCCUGAGAAAAGUGUUCAGUUCAAUCUGUAUGAGUUUCCCGAGAAGGAGGGUAAAGUAAAGGCCUCGUAUGUAAGACAAGACACUCCCUAUGUGCACGGCAAAACGUUCUCUUAUAGUGACAUUUACGACAGCAAGACAAGCUCAAUUGACUCUGACUCAUUUCGCCAGGAGUCCUUAGAGGUCCUUAAAGUGGAGAAAGACGUAGCAAAGGACAGCGUGGAUCUGCUGAAACAUGAGCCGCCCUUCACAGUCAGGGAUAAGAUGUCAGAAAACGAGGGAUUUGCUGUUUCUUAUGGAAAAGAGUCCUCAUCGUGGCUAGACUCCAAGAGCACUCCAGCUACGGCUCAAUUUGAGAAAGAGGUGAAAGAAAAGGAGACAUUCGAACACAGUGAAAGUAGUCGAUUCCCUUCAGUGGCUGACAGACCCGAGGCAUGGACCACUUCUUUGUCAUCAGAAAAAGACGUCAGAGUCCCGACUGAUAGCACCGAGGCCUCAGCGUUGGGUGUAGACAAGCUAGCUGCCUCGGCCUACAACGAGAAAGGUGCGUGCUUGGAGAUUGAUAUGCGAAAGCUAACGGCAAGAGACGAGGAGGACUAUGAUGAUGAUAUUGUUGAUGACGACGAAGAAGAGGAAGAUGAUGAAGAGGAGGAGGAAGAGGAUGAAGGUGCUGUUGAUUCUGAUAUGGAGAAAGGUGCCAAAGAGAAAUCUGAAAAGGAAGUGAAAAGUCCAGUCAGUGAAACGCUUGGCCAAGACAAGCCUGAGUUCAUGGUUUCUAUGGCUGGAUAUGGUUACAGCGGUCAGGGGAAGCCGGUUAUUACAGAAAGCAGCUCUAGCUCCCUCGCAACGGUCGAAGAUAAAGCCAAGACCGACUCGUCAUCGGUAAGUGGAAAACCACUGGAUUUAGGAGCUGCAGGUUUCUCUAGCUACUCAUCGGGAUUUGAAUACAGCAGCGGAAGUGACGAGAAGGAGUCAUUUGUGUCCAGUCAAAGCUCAGACAAAGCAAGAGACAACUUCACCUUGAAAUCAACAGACGGCAACUAUUACCAGAACGACAGAGCCGAUUCUGAUUUUGAGAAACAAAAGACACCAGAUCUUCUAAGUAAGAGAUCGCUGGACACAAGCUUCCAGUACACCACAACCACCGCUGCCCCUGGGUUCUCCUCCUCUUCGGCGUACAGCUACUCCUCCUCCACCUCGGGGUCUCUGUCCACCAGCCGUCAGUUCGGAGAGGAGUUGGAGACACCUGCCUCAGCCGAGCCUCUCUUUGAGUACUCCUCCUUCAAAGAUGAACACUCACCCGUUACGGAUUCUCCAUUCUCCAGCUCUGCUGUCGCAAAAGAUGACUAUUUAGAAGUGACUGAGAAAGAAAUUACGGCUACGAGCACAGCUGAGACUACCUCCGGUUUGGCCCGCUUCUCACCUUUCAGUCCUUUUGAAGAGGUUAAAUCCUUCCCCUCCCUCUCGUCCAGUACCCUUACUGAUGACAAGAAGGAGCACACGACUUCAUUAGGUUCAUUAGGUGGACUAACAGAUAAAGUCUCUCAGCCCGAGUGUUUCUCUAAGCCUGAGUGGUCUGAAGGGUCCCAGCUGGACACAGCUGUUGGAUUUGGGGCCACAGCAGCGUUGCCAUUCUCUCAACUUUCAGAUUUCUCCAAGGACAAGGAGGCAGCUAGUGCUGCUCUGUUUGGCGUCACGUCCUCGCCUCGGCCAGACAUAGAAGGCAAACAUUACUUUGAGGAGACCGAAAGCAGCGAAGAAGAGGACGAGGAAGCGUAUAUGCGUGAGAUGACUCGGAGGUCUCCUUCUAGUGGCCUGGCUAGUAGCCUUUUAUUUUCUGACAAGCCUGUUGCUCCACCCAUCGCUGAAAAGCCAGGAGAUGUGCUUCCAGAUGUUCUUGGCUCCUACACUCCCUCAACGCUUCAGACCAGCAAGCCAGACACAGUGAACGGGCCCACGGAGGUCAGCACGAGUUCCAUGCUCCCACCUGCAGCAGCAGUAACUGGUGCAGCUUUAGGCUCAGCCAAGCUGGUGUCACAUGAGGGAGCGGCAGGUUAUGUAAGGAGCUCCUAUGAGUGGGAAAUCCCAAAAUCCCAGAUGGGAAUGGUGCCAGGAGACUCCCCCCCUCAUUACCGCCACGAUGAUGAGUUUGAAGAGGAGUGCGAGAUGGAGCCAGAGCAUCCUGCCCGCCCGCUCUCACUCUCCUCAACUGAUCAGCCGUUCCGUUCACCGUUCUACGGGGAGGAGUGCAGCCGGGGAGGGCAUGACGACGAGGAUGACUAUGACGACAGCGAUCGGGAUGCACCCAUAGGAGCCACCUCCUCUUAUACCAGCCGCUCCUCUCCAGGAUAUUCAUCUUCUGAGUACAGGCAACGCAAAGAAGACCUCUCACCUUCCUUCAUCAACCCCUGCAUGCGGCAACUCUCCAGCGACGAGGACGAUGAGGAGCAAGGCCGCAGAAGUGAUCAGUCGCAGGAGGGUGACGAGCACGACCUCUCAGUCAAGAGAAGGGCUCACAAGCACGCCCAUCAAAACCAAUCCCACAGCAGGGACAGCAGUUCUCUGCACCAAACUGGCGGGAUGUCAGCAGGAUUAGGCUUGGCCACAGAGGACACUCCACCCACCUCGGUCAGCGAGUCUCUGGCCUCCCAGUCAGAUUCUGAUGCACCCCCGGGCACUGAAGAAUACCCUUCAGCUACUGGUGAAGGCAACAUGGACUCAGAUGAGGAUGCUGACUACAUGCCAGUCGAUAAAGCUGCCCUAGGAGGAGGCAGCCACCACUUUACCUCCAGAAGGAACCACGAUCCUCCUCCUGCUCCCCUCAUGGAUCCUUCCCCACACCCCCCACGGCCAGACGUUUGCAUGGUGGAUCCCGACUCUUUAGACAACGGCUCCCUGAAGAAAGAGCCAAAAACUAAGAGCUUAAAGAAGACUGCAGGCAAAACCAAAUCAGGAUCACCAGCUAGGCGCAAGCGGUCUCCUAUGCCUGUCAAACAGACGCAGUCUCCUCGUAGUGCUUCGCUGAAAAAGAAGGAGGCCGACAAGAGCUCGCGGAUGUCUCGUCUUUCAGAUGGACAGGGCUCCAAAGAUGACGACCUGUCCAGGUCAAGCUACAACCCUGGCAAAGGGCUGACUAAUGGUGUCAAAAGCAGUUCAGGUUCUCAGAAGUCAGGCUCUGUGGCUGCUCCUGGCCAACCCAUUUAUGUGGAUCUGACUUACAUUCCCAACCACUGCAGUGCCAAGAAUGUGGACCAAGAGUUUUUCAAACGCAUUCGCUCCGCAUACUAUGUGGUGAGUGGCAACGAUGCAGCGAGCGGCGAACCGAGCCGAGGAGUCCUUGAUGCACUGUUGGACGGCAAAGCUCAGUGGGGAUCAAACCUACAGGUCACCCUCAUCCCCACCCACGACACUGAGGUGACCCGUGAAUGGUACCAGCAGACGCACGAGAGGCAGCAGGAGCUCAACAUCAUGGUCCUGGCCUCCAGCAGCACCGUUGUCAUGCAGGAUGAGUCUUUCCCAGCUUGCAAGAUCGAGUUUUAAGAUCCAGCCUUUGUCUCCUCUCUCCUCUCCUACUGGCCUCCCCAGUGUACAUCAGUUUUUAUUUACUCUUCUCUAUAGCCCGAUAUGCAAACGUCUGUCUGCCCCAGUUACUUGUAUUUGAGUCCCUUUGUGUGAAACAGAUCUGGGUAACUGUCCGUGUUUUCUAGAUUUUUAUUUAUUUAUAAGGUUUUUGUGGCUAUCACCAUUUGUAUAACGGAGUCGUUUUUUUAAUUGUUCACUGCAAUCUUAAUACUUAGUCGUGUGAAGGGAAGAGUUUUAUUUUCUGUCCCUUAACCGGAUUUU